CCACAGCUCCUGCCGAGUCUGUACCCGCACCGAAGCCGAAGACGAUUACUGUACAACGCACGACUACUCCUGUGAAGGAAGCACCAAAACCGGCUCCAGCCGAACCGAAACCUGUGGUACAGCAGAGCUAUGAGGACUGGGCGGAGGCGACAUUAAGUAGCAUUCUGAAGGUUACUCUGAACCCCGAUGCCGUACAGAAGGACAGCACUCUAACAUACCUGAGCGGACUGCGUCAAGAGUUGGAGGAGGAGGGCGCAGUUCCCCGGUUGGACGUCAACUGCAUUGACCGCGUCCUGUAUGCAUACCCAUCACAAAACCCGACCGUUUCUCCCUUCACAUAUUUCCUUUCGUCAUGGCGCCGCGCUCAAACAAUUGUCCGCACGUCGCGUUUCAUGUCGGCUGCAACACAGACGGGCGGCGAGCCUAAGGCUCAAUUGCUUGUAGAGACCAAGCGCCUUCUCGUUUCUUUCGCCGGAUUUGCACUCUACAUGCCGGACAUGUUUGAGUCGUCAUCGGCACCACCCGCAAGCUUGUUGGACAGAUUACUGAUUUCGGAUCCGUCCAGUGAUAAUGCGGUGCCGUAUGAGUUCUUGACAGAGAUGGCUGCGAACCCAGAUGGCCUUGAAGACGUUAUGGGGCCAGUUGUGGAAGGGAUAUGUGGACGACUGAGCGGCAUGACCAUCGCCGACGGGUAUCAACCAUACUUGAAUGCGUUUACAACACUGGUCAGCCUCAAACCCGUGGCGGCUUUGAUUCCGACGUUGCCUACAUGGAAUCCGGAGAACCUAACAGCAGCAAACAUCGAAAGUCUGUCGAUUUUCGGACCUCUAUUUAGGCUCUCUCCGUUGCAUCUCAAGAUUGCUGCAUCGUACUUCCCUAAUGUGCCACAGAACAAAUACAAUAUGGCACCGGAUAAUAUGAUGAGCGUCGUGAGAAUGACUUCGAAUACGCUGCAGACGCAACUGUUCAAUAUUACCAACGCAGUUGUCCGUGCGUCUCCGACGGCACGCGAGGCUGUUCUUAACUGGUUUGCGCGGGUUAUCAACCUUAAUCACAAGCGUCGUGCCAUGCAAGUUGACCCGGCAACGAUUGCUACGGACGGGUUUAUGCUCAACGUCACGGCCGUCUUGAACAAGUUCUGCGAGCCCUUCAUGGAUCUCACGCACUCGAAGAUCGACAAGAUUGAUGUCGCAUACUUCAGGAGGGAGCCGAGGUUGCAGAUCGCUGAGGAGACAAAACUAAGCGCUGAUGAGAAGGAGGCUGCUACGUUUUACGGAAACAAGGCGGAUGGUGCGACAAACUUCAUAUCCGAAGUAUUCUUCUUGAAUGUUGCAGCACAUCACUACGGGUUGGGAUUGGCAUUGCAGGAGCAUGAAAGCUUGAUUAAGGAGAUCGAAGAUUGGAAGAAGAAGCUCGAGAGAGGUAGGAUGGAGGAGCCAAGGUUUGCAAACACACCUCAAGCCCCUCUUUACCGCGCAACCCUCGACAAACUGGCCAAGCGUAUUGAUGAGAGUUUAUGCUUGAAGUACGCCUAUGAUUCGCUGUUGCUCGAAAAAGUAUCGAUGACCCAGUCGCUCUUGUUCAUGAACGUGGUUGCGACUUGGUUGUUGCGCUUAGUCGAUCCCAAGGGCCAGCACCCUCAACAGCCACUACGCUUGCCUCUCCCGCCCUCCGCACCUGAUGCCUUCAGGAACCUGCCUCAGUACACGGUGGAAGAUGUCGCAGAAUUUUUCCUGCACCUCUCGCGGAACGAUCCCAGGAUCAUUGCGAGCAAUCCAAGUGCCGAGAUUGUGAUCUUUGCUAUUACCUUUGUGCGCACCUCCGCAUAUAUCCAGAAUCCGCACUUGAAGGCAAAGCUCAUUGAGAUCUUAUACUUCGGUACUUAUAAGCAGCCUGGGAUGCCGAAUGGUUGCUUGGGUGAUAUGCUGAAUGGUGAUCCAUUCGCCUUGGAGCAUCUCUUGCCGGCAAUGAUGACGUUCUACAUCGAAUGUGAGCAAACCGGAGCGUCGUCGCAGUUUUACGACAAGUUCAACAUCCGGUAUCACAUUUCCCAAGUCUUCAAGGCUGUUUGGGAGAACCCCGCGUACCGCGACAGGUUGAGCAGAGAGCGGACGAACAACUUGGACUUCUUCAUCCGUUUCGUCGCUCUCCUUAUCAACGACGCGACAUACCUCCUUGAUGAGGGAUUGUCUAAGUUGACGGAAAUCAACAAGCUGCAGAAUGAGCUAGAUGCAGAACAGGUCGACCCGGCUGCGCCGCCUACCCGUGAGCGCCAGGAGCUUGAAGGUAACUUACGUUCGGCCGAGCGUUCCGCAGGGUCUUAUGUUUCGCUCGCGAACGAGACUGUCGCCAUGCUUCGCUUGUUUACCGGCACUAUCCCAGAUGCUUUCUGCACGAAUGAGAUUGUCGACCGCUUUGCGGCGAUGUUGGACUACAACGUCGACGCACUGGUGGGCCCGCGGUGCACGACUCUCAAGGUUAAGGAGCCGCAAAAGUACCGCUUUACUCCGAGGGAUUUGUUAUCAGCGAUUAUUGAUAUCUACUUGAAUCUCCAGGACAAAUCGGAGUUCAUCUUGGCUGUCGCUCGUGAUGGCCGUUCUUACAAGAAGGAGUUAUUCGAGCGUGCUGCUAGCAUCCUGACCAAAUACACGAUGAAGAGUCCCAAGGACAUCGAGGCGUUGAUGAAGUUGGUUGAGCGCAUUGAGAAGGCGAAGUUAGAGGACCUGGCUGAGGAAGAAGAGUUGGGAGAGAUUCCUGAUGAGUUCCUUGAUCCGCUCACUUAUGAGCUCAUGGAGGAUCCUGUCAUCCUUCCUGUGUCGCAAGCUACUAUUGACCGGUCAUCGAUCAAGGCUCAUUUGCUGAACGACCCGAAGGAUCCGUUUAACCGUAGCCCGCUCAAGAUCGAGGACGUUAUCCCUGCUACGGAGCUGAAGGCGAAAAUCCAGGCUUUCAAGGCGGAACGUAGGGCUGCUCGUCUGGCUGGGGCGGGAGAGCCCAUGGAUACGUCGGCUUAAGGAGAUGAUCCACGAGGUCCUGUCAAGUCUCCGCGGCGGUGCUUAAAUUACGCUCUCACGUAUACCCUAGAUAGCCAGGCAAAUGCCCGAGAACAUCCCUAUUAUGCCAAUUUGCAAUGACACACAUAUCAUUAAAAUCCUUCAUUUCAGCAGUAAAGCUAGAAGAUUAGACAGAGAUUCCCCGAAGGAAAGCAAAAAGAAAACGUAAAUCAAAGAGACACUCAGGUACACGAUGUAUACUC